CCUCCAUCAACCCCCAAAUCCCCCUCAGAAAAGUCAGAAUCACACAAUGCUGUCCCGAAGAAGGCCUGCUAAAUCCAACAACCCCUUCGUUCCUCCAUUCGCUCAGCCCAACAAUCUCACUGCCAACGGAGCGGCCGCCGCUCAAUGUGAACCAGCUUCUUCUAAUGUUUCACCGGAAGCCGGAGAGGCGACGCUUUCUCCAAGCCCAACUCCACUUGAAAAAAUGGUAUCAGUAUUGGCGGACGCGGGGUGCACAUUAAUCAACGCCGCCGGGCCGCCGUCCCUACCCUCCAAUAUCUAUAAUUUCCGCCAACGUCUUGACGGGGUGCUCGCCGUAGAUUCCUCCCUCCGGUCCCAGUUUCUGAAGGGCUUCUCCCACUAUAUUUCUUCCACCAGUAAUUUGCGCCGGAUCCUGUUACCUUGUGAUCAUGAUGGCUUUGGCUCAGUACAAAGGCAGAGCCUGGUUCAACUACUGUUAUUGGUUAAAUCCAUCCAGCAAGACCUCCUGGACAUGUUACUAGAGAAACUUCCUGAAUACUUUGACAUGGAGCCUCUUGAUGGUGGUUGUGGACUCUCAUCCUCGAUGCCCUUUGAUGAGGAUAUAGCAAGGCUCAUACUGAACCAAUUCCGAUGGCUUGACUUCCUUGUAGAUUCUGAGGCCUUUGCUGAGAAAUUGCUACAAAUCUUAUCUAUUUCCCCCCAUCAUUUGAAGAAAGAGAUCAUAGGAUCGUUGGCUGAGAUGAUAGGAGACCAUAAUAAUAAAUCUCUAUUCAAUUCACUUGAGCAGAUGCUCCAAGAGGACUCUUCCAUUAUUGUUCCUGUGCUUGAUUCAUUUUCCAACCUCAAUUUGGAUGAUCUGUUGCAAGACCAGGUUAUUAUGAUUGCUUUAUCCUGCAUAAGGACAAUUGAAAUCGGGCACAUGCCCUACCUUCUUAGAUUCCUGCUCCUUUCUGCGAAGGAAUCAAAUGCAAGACGAAUAAUCUCACAGAUACGUGAACAGCUGAAAUUUUUUGGAGCAUCUCAAGCACGAACCUCGCAGCAUAAUAAACUGAAAGGAAAAUCUGUUAUAGACAAUACAGAAGCUUCAAUUCUUGAUGCCCUGAGAUCUAGUUUGCGUUUCAAAAAUAUGCUUUGCCUGGAGUUACUAAAAGAACUCAAAAGCUUGGAGGAACCCCGUGAUCAUAAAGUGAUCGACAUAUGGCUGCUUGCACUCGUAUUCAUGAGCUGCGAAUCUUUACAAAAGAGUGUCGAAAAAUUAUUCAAGAAAAAAAUUCUUGAAGGUUGUAUUCAAGAUCAUAUGUUUGAGAAUUGCAUUCACGGUAUUAAAGAUUUGCCGAAGGAUUAUCUUCCCACAUUUCUGUCAUUAUCUGCAUACUUGUUGGCUUGCAAAGAACAAAGAGCUCAGGAAUUUGGCAUCCACAUGUAUACAUGUCUUUUUGAAGAAUUUUCUGAUGCUUAUUCAAGACAAGAAGUUUUAGGAGCAUUACUAACUCAUGUGGGCUCUGGCAUCUGCUAUGAAGUAACUGCUGCUUUAGAUGCCAUGGUUAAUCUGUCCUCCAAGAAGUCCCAGGAGAUGAUUUCACUUUCUUCUCACAUAACUGGCAUCUUGGAUUAUUUGGAGAGAUUUAGCAUUGAGAGCCUCCACAAGGUGUAUGAAGUUUUCAUCCGUCUUGCAGUUUCUGCUCAAUCUAGCUCACAACCUUGUGGAUUUUCCAUCGCAAAUGAACUUCUAAUGAUUUUGAGAAAACAGAUCAAUAACUCUGAUCUGAUGUACAAGAAGAUGGGCCUAAUUGGAACAUUUAAGAUAGUUUCCCACAUUGCAGAUACAAAUAACAAUUCCCUUCCACCUUUAUCACAGAGGUCAAAUUACGAGGAAGCUGUGGAGCUCUUGAAAGUAUCUUUGGACUCUUGCAAACAGCUUCCUUUACCAUUGAUCUUGUUUUAUGAAGAACUGAUUUCAACUUUGCGAAGCAAAACACUUCACCCAAGUAUUAUUGAAUGGGUCAGCAAACAAGUAGGAGAGUUCGAGUCAAUAUAUUUAUCAGACCUUGAUAAUGGGAAUUUAAUUGGUCAAGAUUUGUCUUAUGGAUUAGAAGGAAAAUUGUGGAUGAAUCUUGAUGGUGAUAUAUCUCCUAUAUGCUUAAAUAUUUUGCCUCUUGUUUCUCCGUCAUCUAGAUCCUCUUCAGCAUUGCAAGUUCUGCCCAUAAAGUUUGUUUUACUUUCUGUAGUUGAGAGAUUGACCAACCAAGGAUCUUUGGGAGGCAUCGAUGCGCUUCUUGGUUGCCCUAUUCACCUCCCUUCCUCCAAGCUGUUCUCUCAACACUCCUGGCAAUUUUUGACGGUGAAGCAAAAGCAGAUUGCCAUUCUCUCUCUUCAUUACGCUGCUAACUGGAUGCGGGAGCUGCUAAAUGCCUUCUCCACUCAAGUUGUCGAGGGAUCAGACACCAUAAGCCAAGCAACAAAGGGAGACAUAAUAUUUAAGCUAUUAAAGCGCUUGAGGAACCUCGUAUUUGUUGAGUGUUUAUUGGACAAUUGUCUCAAACAACAUCCGGUAAUUCUCCCUGAGCUAUAUCCACAUUUGGAGCAGUCACGAAUUAUUGAGCUAGAUUGUAUGGGAGAUCUGGAAAAGAUGAGUCAGCAUCCUAAAGCAAUUGAAAGUAUAUUGCAAAAGAAAAAGAGAAAAAGACAAAAGUUCAUAUCACCAUCAGCUAAUACAAAUAUUGAGGAAAAACUCCGGCAGCCAACAAUAGUUGACAUUUGGAAAAAGGCAGGCGCUAUACCCAGCCAAGAAGCUUCCAGAGAUGAUUUGUCUACUGUAUCCUCAAGGGCCAUACAAUCUGAAUCAGCAGGAUAUCAUCUUGAUAACUCUGAUGUACCACAAACUAUUGAAACUUCUGCACCUGCAAAGUGUUUAGAAGCACAAAGGAGCAAGUUCAGGCCUCUUCUAGUUGAUUGCCUCUCCAUACUUGCAUGUUUAAAGAAUAAUCAAGGUUCUUGUUGUGCGGACCCAUCUGCUGAGUUACCUAUUUAUCUGUAUCUCCUGCGCGAUCUUCACAAAAAGCUGGACCACUUAAGCCCCACAAGAAAACAAAAUUUAGCAAGAGGCUCAAAUGUUCCAGCAGGAUUUAUGGGGAUGAAAGUAAAUGACUUCUUAAGGAAGUUACGGCCUUUGUUUCCAUAUCUUCGGAAAAACUUUGAUCGUGCAGUACGCAUUCUUUCAGAAGGUGCUGAAACUUGUCAAGAACACUGGAUAUAUCAGUCUAAUUUGGCUGCAAAUCCAGAGAUUAUCAACACAAGUAUUUCUGCAUCUCCAGCUCUCACUUCUACUGCAAUUUUUAAAGAGACACUUCUUUGCUUUGGCAAGAUGCUCAAUCUGCCUGAUCUUCUGAAGGAAAAAACUAUUCUAUCAGACCUUCUCCAGGCCUUCCAGCCAUUGGAGAUGUCUGGUUGCUUUUUCCAAGAAAUGCGGCUGAUUCCUUCACCGGGGAAUAUGGACUAUUUGUAUUCUGGUGCUUACAUUUUCCUAGGAGGUGUCUUUGACGUGGCCACAAACUUCUCAUUUACACUGGCUUCAGAAGUCUUGCUGACUUUAGAGGUCAUGGUUACAUCCAUCCGUGUGUUCCUGAAUAGAUCUCCAUGUGAAAAUGGAAAGGAUACUUGCGCUGGAUUUAGCAAGGAAAUCAUUCCUUUUCUCUGUAAUAAGCUGGGGGCUUAUGCUCAAAAGCUUUUGAUGCACAAGUGUGAUAAGGAUGAUGUUGACAGUAGUUUGAAAAUUAAAGGGGAAAUGGUUCAGAAAAUACUGCGUAUUUACUUGGGAAAUUGCCCGUCAACAUUGGAUUCACUAAAUGAGCUUGCAUGCUCUGUUUUACCUCAGGUAUAUUCCGCUGAAACUUCAACAGAGGAUGAUAAUUAUCGGACUUUUCCUACCCUAUGCCCUGCAACAAUGACUGUCUGGUAUCGAGUAAUGCAUGAAGAGAACAUUUCUGCACUCAACAAUUUGGUUAAGGAAAUUUCUCUUAUGGAGAAGCCAAGAGGUGGAGCUAAAGUGGAAACUGUAUGGAGGCUCCUGAACAAAAUUUUGCAGUCUGUAAACGUGGUUGUAUUCCUAAUUAACAUGUGCAGGAAUAAUGACAAGGUGACAAUUCAUGCAAUGGCUGUCAAGUACGGCGGAAAGUUCAUUGAUUCCUUCCUUAGAGUUUUUGAUUUCUUGCAGAUCCAGUUUUCGGUGCACAAGGACCUCAUACUUCAAAUGAUUAAAGAGCUUCAGAAAGCAACAAGAACCAUACAGACACUAUGUUCGGAAGCAAAGGGCUCAAAACAAACAGCUAUAACUCGCAAAAUUCCUGCCACAAAAAGAUCUUUGGAACGAUUUUUAUUUCAUGUCAAGGCUCUUCUUUACACAACACCAAGUGGAUGCUCGUUCUGGAUGGGCAAUCUAAAGCAUAAAGACUUGAUGGGACAAGUUGUUAGCUCUCAAGCAUACUUGGAUGAUGAGGAUGAUGGGAUUCAAGAUGAUGAUCCUGCAGAUGCCAUUGUUGACCACCAACCCACCAAUGGUUCUACUCCACAAUGAUCUCUAAUCUAAUUUCCUCUCUCUAGUAGUAUACAGCACUUUUUAGUACCGAUUAUAGGGAUGUUGUGCAAGCAAAAUACUUUAAAAAUAAUAUUAUUUUACCAGUAUUU